AUGGCAGCUCCCUCGCAGAACGGAGCGACCGUCCACGCGGCACCCCUGCGGCCACCACUCUACGUCGCGCCCUCACCGUUACGAGAAGAUGGCAGACCCAUUAUCCAGAAGGUCCUGAUUGCAAAUCGCGGCGAAAUCGCCUGUCGCAUCAUCCAAACAUGCCGGAAACUGAGCAUAACGACUGUUGCCGUCUACGUUGACGAAGACGCAUCAUCUCGCCAUAUCAGAGAUGCAGACGAGGCAAUCAACAUUGGAAGUAUUGAUCGCAGCGCGCGCAAUCCAUUCCUAGAUGUCGACCUCCUCAUUCGCACUGCCCUGUCUGUAGACGCCGAUGCCAUCCACCCUGGAUACGGCUAUCUCAGUGAAAAUGCCGACUUUGCACGCUCCAUUCGCGAGGCUGGGAUGAUCUUCAUCGGGCCCAGUGACACUGCAAUGUCUACUCUAGGCGACAAGCGGGCAGCGAAGGAUUAUCUUCGCGAACAUGCCCCAGACGUCCCCCUAAUCCCCGGUUACGCCGGGUCAAGCCAAGACGCAGCAGAGCUCGGUAGAAUCGCAGCGGAAAUCGGCUUCCCGGUUAUGCUUAAGGCCUCUGCUGGUGGUGGAGGUAAGGGAAUGAGAAUCAUCCGCGAAUCAGGGCAGUUGCAGGCUGAGUUGGAGCGCGCACAGUCGGAGGCCCAGCGCUCGUUUGGGUCGGCGGACUGUAUUCUGGAGAAGUAUGUCGAGAGCAGCAAGCAUGUUGAGAUUCAGAUCCUGGGCGAUGCACACGGCGAGGUGGUCUCGUUCUUCGAGCGAGAUUGCUCAGUGCAGCGGCGACAUCAAAAGGUCAUCGAGGAGACGCCCUGUACGUUUCUCACAGACAAGACGAGGAAAGAUAUGAGUGCCACCGCAGUGCGUAUUGCCAAACUCAUCAACUACGAGAACGCCGGCACGGUCGAGUUUGUAGUCGAUGCUGUAACGGGAAAGUUCUACUUCCUGGAAGUCAACGCACGACUGCAAGUCGAGCAUCCCAUCACAGAAGAAGUGACCGGAGUCGACCUGGUCUCGCUCCAGCUCUACGCCGCUGCAGGGGGGAGUCUACGUGCCCUUCCUGCUCUCCAAGAUCUCACCCAGCACGGCCAUGCCAUAGAGUGUCGUCUCUGUGCUGAAGACCCGCGCAAGAACUUCUUCCCCGAGCAUGGCAAGAUCCAUCUGUGGCUGCCUGCAUCCGGCGUGUUGGCAGCAGGCCGUGAUGUGCGAUAUGAAGCUGCAGUGCAGUCCGGAUCCUCUGUCUCGAUCUACUUUGACUCCAUGAUUGCAAAGAUAGUCGUCUGGGCACCAACAAGGGCCCUUGCGAUUGAGAAGAUGGUCAAGGUGCUGGCCAACACCGUCUGUGCUGGUGUCCAGACCAACCAGCUUCUGAUGCAGCGAUGCCUCCUGCACAAGGCCUUCCACGACCCUGCAUACACCACUUCCUUCCUCGGAUUGCAUCUCGACGAACUUCUUGGAGAGCCUGCUGGCCCUCUGUCCGAGAUCCGCAAAUCGCUCUCGAUUCUUCCGGCAAUUGCGUUGCGCAACCUGGCCAACUCGCCCUCAUCUCAGAAACGUCCUUUCCAGAAUGUGCGCCGGCGUUUUCGAAAUCAGCAUCACGACCCGGCUAAUCUACAGUACGACGUUGUUACAAUGGUGGACUGGCCGUACAAUAUCAAGACAGACCCAACGAUACCGCUCAUGUGCGUCUGGACGCCAGAGCACGCCGGGUCAUCCACCCACGAGGCACAUCUCCUCCCCCUCCCUGAGAGUGAUACCUCGCAAGAUGAUAAACGCUCUCCCACCAGUGCGCGAUAUGGCCAAAUCAGCCAAGCCCUGAGGGAUGGACGAGUAACCAGCGCCGGUACUCGAUACACCGUGAGCGUCGAUUCAUGGAAGCCCGCAGAGGGAGACCCUGCCCUCAAAGAGUCCUGGCUAUCAACCACACUGGAGACCAGCCUGAACGGCAAAAAGAUUCUUGCCCAUGUGGCUGUAGUCACGGACCGACUUGAGGCCCUUGCUGGGUGUCUGAACCGAACACAGACAGUCUUCUGCCAUGUCCCAGCCAUUGGGGCACCCGUCGAAUUCAAGCGUGAUACCUCGCUGUCCUUCAUCGAGAGCACGCGUGCCGCAGCCAGCGGUGGAAGCGAUGAAGAGCAGAGGACCGUGACGGCGCCGAUGCCGUGCAAGGUACUUUCGACGCUGAAGAAGAACGGCGAGGAGGUCAAAUCCGGCGAUAUUGUGAUGGUUAUAGAGAGCAUGAAGAUGGAGGUCACCAUCAGUGUCUCGGCGGAUGGUAAAUUCGAGACGAACUGGAAGGAGGGCGAUGCUGUUGAAGAGGGCAAGACUCUUUGUACCGUUAGUUAA